UGAAUUCUGAGGACAGGAAGUGGAGUUAGUGAGGAGGGGCGGAGACUGAAAGCGGAGGUGAGAAGAGCGUCGGUGUCCGUCGACGUUUCACAGAGUGAAGAUGAAGCUGGUGCUGAGCAGCCUGCUGCUCGCCUCUCUCUGCACCCCCUCGUCCUGGAGUGAUUCAUCAGGAACGCUUCGGGUGACACAGAGUCCUGAUGUUUCCGUCCAGGAGGGGGGGACGGCAAACAUCUCCUGCUGCUGGACGGGGGGCAUUGAAGGAGUUUGGGUUUCCAUCAAGAUGAAGCCCACAAACAUGAAGAACAAUACAAAUUCAACAAUUCUAUUAACAGAAAAUCACAAGGGUAAUUCAACUAAUUGCUCAGAUUGGAUCAUUAAGAGUGCCUCAAUAGAGGAUUCUGGGAUAUACAUCUGUAAAGUGACAGUGUACAUACCCACUUUGAUUGAGACUGAGGGAAAAGGUACAGUGGUCACAGUUACACCUAAAGGAGGAGAAGAGAAAGAAGAUGGAAGAGAAGGUUCUUCAGGCAGUCUUCCUGUAAUAAUCGGACUGGCUGUUGUGGGUCCGCUGCUGCUCAUCGCUCUCACCUGCUUCUUCACGGUUCUGCGAAGGAAACGAGCACAAGCAGCGCGGCUGAUCUAUGAAACCCCCCACGUUGACUCGGACUUGGACAAACACAGCACCACCUCCUCCACGGGCUCGUCGCAGUGGCGCCAGGUGGUCGUGUACGAGUCGGUCGACUACUUUCAGCACGGGCAGACAAAAGAAAGCCAAUGAGGAGCCAUUGUGGAAAGCUCCGCCGCCGCCGCCGCCGCCGCUUUCCAGCUUGUAAAUAUUGUAAAAUAACAGCUAAGCUCUGUAAAGACUUCCACGUUUGUUCCUUUUUUUUUUUUUUUUGCAUUUUUCUAUAAACUGGCAGCUCUGGUAUCAGUUUGUGGUCUUGCUUGUUUUCUUUAAAAAUUGAUUAGAAAGAGGAAGUGGGUUAAACUGCUCACUGAAGGGUCUUGAUUCUGCAGUGACAGGCGCCAGUUUCACAAUCGCUCGCAGAGAGCGCGGCGCGUGGAAAGUGUGGUGUGGCGGGGUCACGGCAUAAUAGGUCAAGCCCAGGAAGUGGAAAGAGCGCCUGUGACGGGCGAAGCCUCUGCUUAAGAUGCAACGUCUCGGGGCGGUAGAUGUAGAAACAGCUGCACACUGACGCUCACAUUUUCCACAUUGUCCUCACAACGCAUUGUUUUUAACGCUCACGUUAAACAAGCUGCGCAAGAAACUUUAACUUCAUGUUUUAAACUGGUUUUUCACCACAUUUACCUAUUUUUGCACAGUACACACUCGUAUACAUGUUUACUCUUCAGCCGCUCUGCAGUGGCGUCCUUCAGCUUCAAGAAAAUUCUGUGCAAAUAAACUUUUUUUCGAUCUUAUUGUCAAAAGGACUGAUUGCACGACUCUGAUUCGUGGCUGAACAAAACUGAAAACU